AUGGAAAUCCUCGAAGUGGCUACACCUGCGGCUGCGGCAGCUGCGGACAGGACGUUUUCAAUCGUUUUCUCCGGAAAGACCGGGUCGAAGGACAUCUACGCGCUGGCAGCACCAAGAACCGCGCCUCGUGUCAAGAUUCGCAUUGACACAACAAGCUAUCUCGGCAAGUUUCUGUUUGGGUACCGUCUCACGAAUGCUCCUCCGGAUGCCUUCACGGACUGGGCGUGCGUCGAGCUGCUGCACCGCGUUGACAGCGCUUCAUUGUUUCUUGGGGGGAAGGCCGUGUCCGAGUACGCCUGUCGUGCCAAAUUUCUCGUGCCGGCCACGACCCUCGUCGCCCCGCUCAGCACCACGCACGCGUGUUUCCAUCACAUGUGCAACCUCCCCCAGGACGACAAGAAGCAAAUCAAGUUGUCCCUUGUCAAGCACAACCACGAUGACCGUGUCGUGCUGAUGCCCACUGCACGCAACGUGUUGCGCCCAGAACUGGAGCUUGAUGCCAGGCUUGAAGACGACGUGGAGAGCGACUUUGGCUUUCAGAUGCCUGGGCACCCCAGCGGCAAGAGCGUGUCUGCUGCCGAGCUCUCGUUGCUUUUCUCGCCCCUGGACCCCGUCACACGACGCAAUAUUGCUGCAAUGAAAGUCCAGUGGACAGCACCUGCUCAAGCCCCUGCUGCUGGUGCUCCUGCUCAACAUAGUCCUGCUGGUGCUCCUGCUCAUGCUUCACAUGCAUCGGUUUCCCCAUGCUGCGCAUACGGCACAUGCUCCAGCUCCGCAUGCAGGCAGUCGCAGCCACGAUUCUGGGGCACGUGCAACCUCCGCAUACAGUCAGGCGUGACUGCGCUACUAGGUCUGCACGAGCGCCGCAGACUCCUCCUGGCCGCCCCUCUGCUCAACAAGCAGCCUCCGCAGGCCUAA